AUUGCACCAUGUUUUAUUAGCAAAUACAUUCAUUCAGUUAAUAAAGAAUAUUCAUUGAAUCCAUCGGAAUGUAGGUGUUGCUCAUGGGAAAGAGCGGUUCAGGCAAAACCUCGAUGCGUUCCAUCAUCUUUGCAAACUAUAUUGCUCGAGAUACUCGUCGCUUGGGAGCAACCAUCGAUGUCGAACACUCUCAUGUCAGAUUCUUAGGAAACUUGGUUUUAAAUCUAUGGGACUGUGGUGGUCAAGAAUCUUUCAUGGAAAACUAUAUUGCAUCGCAACGAGAUCAAAUCUUUCGUAAUGUAGAAGUUUUGAUUUAUGUUUUUGAUGUUGAAUCGAGAGAAUUCGAUAGAGAUAUUCAUUACUAUCAAUCAUGUUUGGAUGCAUUGAUUCAACAUUCUAAAGAUGCUCGAGUGUUUUGUCUAGUUCAUAAAAUGGAUUUGGUCCCUGAAAACCAGCGUGAACAGAUAUUUUUUGAUAGAGAACAAGAUUUGAAGCGUCGAUCUCAUCCAUUAAAAACUGUUUCAUUUGGUACUUCCAUUUGGGAUGAAACGCUCUACAAGGCGUGGUCUGCCAUCGUAACGUCACUUAUUCCCAAUGUGCAAGUCCUUGAAACCAACUUGAAUGCAUUCUGUCAGCAUUGUGAUGCAGAUGAAGUGAUUUUGUUUGAACGUACAACGUUUUUGGUGAUCUCUCAUGCCACCAGAAGGAAUCUAGGCGACAUUCAUCGAUUUGAAAAAGUAUCCAAUAUUAUCAAGCAGUUUAAAUUGAGUUGCAGUAAAUCACAAGCACAGUUUCAAACCAUGGAAGUGUGCACACCAAAAUUCUCAGCCUUCUUGCAGGGACUCACUUCCAACACAUAUGUCAUGGUUAUCGUAUCUGAUCCCACUAUCUUGCCUGCAGUGACAUUGAUGAACAUAUCUGCUGCUAGAUCUCACUUUGCCAGUAUCGAAUAA